CCGGUCCCGCCGCCGCCAGGGGUCCCCGCGCCGCUCCCGUAGCGCGCCCUCCAGGGCUGCGGUCUGUUCUAUGAUGGAGGGAAGCCCGCAGACACGAGUGUCACGGCCCUACAAGAUCAGCGAGUCCUCCAAGGUGUACCGCUGGGCCGAGCACCCGAGCACGGUGCUGCAGCGGCUCAACGAGCAGCGUCUCCGCGGGCUCUUCUGCGACAUCGUCCUGGUGGCGGACGAGCAGCGCGUGCCGGCCCACCGCAACCUGCUGGCCGUGUGCAGCGACUACUUCAACUCCAUGUUCACCAUCGGCAUGCGCGAGGCCUUCCAGAAGGAGGUGGAGCUCGUCGGCGCCUCGUACAUUGGGCUCAAGGCCGUGGUGGACUUCCUGUACGGCGGGGAGCUGGCGCUGGACGGCGGCAACAUCGACUACAUCCUGGAGACGGCGCACCUGCUGCAGAUCUGGACGGCGGUGGACUUCUGCUGCGAGUACCUGGAGCAGGAGGUGAGCGAGGAGAACUACCUGUACCUGCAGGAGCUGGCCUCCAUCUACAGCCUCAGGCGGCUGGACGCCUUCGUCGACGGCUUCAUCCUGAGCCGCUUCGGCUCGCUGUCCUUCACGCCCGACUUCCUGCAGCACGUGUCCGUGCAGAAGCUGUGCACCUACCUGGGCAGCAGCGAGGUGCAGCGUGAGUGCGAACACGACCUGCUGCGGGCCGCCCUGCAGUGGCUCACGCAGCGGCCCGAGCGCGAGGCCCACGCCUUCCAGGUGCUGGAGAACAUCCACUUCCCGCUCAUCCCCAAGAACGACCUGCUGCACCGCGUCAAGCCGGCCGUGUGCUCGCUGCUGCCGCGGGAGGCCAACUGCGAGGGCUUCAUCGAGGAGGCGGUGCGCUACCACAACAGCCUGGCAGCCCAGCCCGUGCUGCAGACCAAGCGCACGGCGCUGCGCACCAACCAGGAGCGGCUGCUGUUCGUGGGCGGCGAGGUGUCCGAGCGCUGCCUGGAGCUCAGCGACGACACCUGCUACCUGGACGCCGCCAGCGAGCAGUGGGUCAAGGAGACGCCCCUGCCGGCCCGGCGGAGCCACCACUGCGUCGCCGUGCUGGGGGGCUUCAUCUUCAUCGCCGGCGGCAGCUUCUCCCGGGACAAUGGAGGGGAUGCGGCAUCCAAUCUUCUUUAUAGGUAUGACCCCCGCUGUAAACAGUGGAUCAAGGUGGCUUCCAUGAACCAGCGCCGUGUGGAUUUCUACCUGGCCUCCAUUGAAGACAUGCUGGUGGCUGUCGGUGGCCGGAACGAGAAUGGAGCUCUUUCUUCAGUGGAGACGUACAGCCCCAAGACCGACUCCUGGUCCUACGUGGCAGGCUUGCCCAGGUUCACCUACGGCCACGCGGGCACCAUCUACAAGGACUUCGUGUACAUCUCGGGGGGCCACGACUACCAGAUCGGCCCGUACCGCAAGAACCUGCUGUGUUACGACCACCGCACGGACGUGUGGGAGGAGCGGCGGCCCAUGACCACGGCGCGCGGCUGGCACAGCAUGUGCAGCCUCGGCGACACCAUCUACUCCAUCGGCGGCAGCGACGACAGCGUCGAGUCCAUGGAGCGCUUCGACGUGCUGGGCGUGGAGGCCUACAGCCCGCAGUGCAACCAGUGGACCCGCGUGGCGCCCCUGCUGCAGGCCAACAGCGAGUCGGGGGUGGCGGUGUGGGAGGGCCGCAUCUACAUCCUGGGCGGCUACAGCUGGGAGAGCACCGCCUUCUCCAAGACCGUGCAGGUGUACGACCGCGAGAAGGACAAGUGGGGCAAGGGCCCCGACCUGCCCAAGGCCAUCGCCGGCGUGUCGGCCUGCGUGUGUGCCCUCAAGCCGCGGCUGGAGGACAAGAAGAAGAAGGGGAAGGGCAAGAGGUACCAGGACCGGGGCCAGUGACCCACCCCCAACCGCAGCCAGCCCCGCCGGAGCGUCCAGACCAGCAGCGACUUCGUAGUGUCCUGGAACCACGAUGCACUUCUUAGCAGCUUUUCUUUUUUUCUUUCUUUCUUUUUUUUUUUUUUUUAAUGAUUCUUGGUAUUUCUAUGGUAUCACAGUAACCGAUUAAAUAUUCUAUAUAAUUUUACAUAUUAUCUUGCUUGACUGCUUAACCCUGGGCCCAGGCAUGAAAUAGCCCCUCAUAUCUGCGUAGCUGUUCUUUCCUCACUUCCCUGAGGGGGCCUCCUCCCCAUCCCCCCUGAGGGGACCUGGGGCAGGGGUGACGUGAAAUCUUGGCCCAUGGCACUGGGAGCCGUGGUGGGGCCAGUUUGGAACCCCCAGUCCACACCUCCCUCAGCUUGACUGAACUGUUAGAUGGAUUCCUGGGCCCUGCCUCAGGAUUAUCCAUCCUAAAACUACCAGCAGUAGGGGUACAGGGGGAGCUCCGAAGCUAUAACCAGGUCGCGGGCAAUGUCAAGUGCGUUCUUGUUAAUGAGUGGGAACUCAGAGACCCCGACAGGGCAGGACCUGGGACUUCUUGCUGGAGAGAUGUUCCUGCCAGGAUUUCCUGAGCUCGUGACUCUUGUUUCUGAGUUGUCCUGUCCCCCUGAUGGGUAAUCUUCCUGAAUUCUAAAAGGGUCUAGGUGAUCAAGAAACUGGAAAAAAAAAAAGGCAUGAAACUCUUACAUUUUUCUGUAAUUUGUGCACUUCUUUCCCCCCAGAACCCACUUCUUAAGUUACAUUACUGAGCCCCCCAAAUCUGUUCAUUUCUCAGGAAAGAAAAAGUGUCCAUCCUAGAAUUUGCUGUUGUUUUCUCUGGCUUGGCUCCAAGAAGCCCUCCACAGCCCCUCCGUGAGUGAGCUGAACACACCUUUCCCCCUGGAGGAGGAUGUCAGGUACCCGCCCCACCCCCAAAACUCAGCCGUCCACUGCUAGGUCGCUUUGUGCUGCUGGGCAAAUUCUGUAACAAGUCUGAGCUGUUCCCUCAUUCAUUGUGUGGUGGGUCACAAUCACUGCCCCCCAGGGCUCGGCUCCUUCAGUCCAUAUAAGCUGUUAAUGUGCAUUGAGCACCUCCUGGGACGUGUGUGACCGCCCCGCACUGACUCCUGCAGGUCUCAUACUAGGGUGUGCCCUCGGAGGAGAGCUGGGGACUCCCACCCCAGCUCCUGUGGGCACGAGGAUGGGGGAAGAGAAGUUGCUGAGGGAGGCGUUCCCGAUCCAAGCCUUGGCAAGGAUCUCACUGCGGAGAUGAGAACAUCUCGAGAUUUAUUGUUAACCUUGGUACCAGACUCUGAAUCUCCGUUAACGUAGUUACUUAAAAAAAAAAAAAAGAUCUCUUUACUGUACUUGCUUUCCUUCCCCUUGAAGGAUUACUGUGAUUUUGAGGGGCUUCGGCACUGAAAUCUUCAGUACUUAAACCCGUCCCCUCUGUCGUUAGUGGGGUGAGCGGUCUGCUGACUUAGCUAGCUCUGUGCACGUGGAAGUCCCUAGAGGCUUACAAACUGUUGAGAGGUUCUGCAAGGUAUGCGAACAAUCAAACCAAAAACAAACUGUACACUCUUCUUGGAGAUCCGCAAUACUUCAGUGAAUUAAAGGCUCUGAGAAGUCCCACAUUAACUGUUAACCUGCCAUCAAUCCAGCAUUGCCAAACUUCAUUGAGCCCGAAAGCCUUUUGUGUCUCAUGCCUUGUCCAGCCCUCCACAAACAUGUUUUGCAGAACUUCUGCCAACUUUGGAUAGCUUACCCUCUUCCUAUUCCAGGAAAAAUGUUGCUAGUAGAGGACCCUACAGAAGGCAUGGAACCCGUGGUCUGUUCUCAGUCAUGAACCAAGAGGUGGUGGUUUAACCAGAGUCCAGGGUCAGGUGGGGAAGAGCAGGUAGAUUCCAUGUGUGCUUUGGGGGAGCAGGAUGGCUUUGACCUUGGGAAGAGGAGAGCCACCCAUUUAUAGCUCAAGCCAGCUCUUUUAUUUCUGACUACCGCGACGUGUCCGCAGACCAGGGUGCAGUGCUGGUCACUAUUCAGGUUCUCUUGUGCCUUGUGGGCUCCGGACAAUGUCUCGCAUCUCCUCCUUCCUGCGGUCACUCUUGCCACCCUGAAGGCAGUUUGUCAUUUGCAUGGUUUAGACCCCAGUAUUGUUAAGGUUGAGAAGCUUCUUCCCGUGGACUGGCUUCUCACGAUCAGUGGUGGUUUCCCUGUGCUAAGGAAUGUCGUCGAGCCUGUCGGUGUCCGUGGAAAGGAGCAUCACGACCAGGAGGCAGCAGCUGCACAGACACUGGCCUGCUCGGUGGUGGGAGCCGUGACAGGUCACUGGCGUCCCGUGUUGUUAAGGUGGCAGCCACCCUGCGGUGCUGUCCAGCAGAGAAUGGGGGACAAUGCUGCGUAGCCCAGGUGGGCAGUCGGCUCGGGGCUGCAGCCCAGCAAGGGGCCGUUAGAGCAGCAGAAGCAGGACACGGUUUCCAAGCCUGGGGACAGAGGUCGGGUUCUGGUCCACCUUCAUCUUGAAAUGCAGUGGCACCGUCUGCUGCCUUUGAGGACUUUGGAGAAGGCUGGAAUUGUUUCUUUUGAGCUUUCAAGAUAAGCAUAGUGGGCUUUCCUACAGGUUAUUUUGGAGGAGGGGGGGUUCUCACUUUUAAAGAACUGGAGUUUCCGCUUCACAUCAGCUGUUUAGUUUUGAGUUUGGUCCUUACCCAAGUCUGGAACCCUGUUGGCCUAAGACGAAGAUGUCAUUCUAGAAGGGAGGGGAAAAGAGGGCGGGAGAGUUCGUGGUUCCUGCCCGUGGUCUCCCUAAGGCUUCAACAGACCGAGGUUGUCUCAGUGACUUGCGUGCACUUCCGGCUCUGGCUACUUCGGGAUUUUUAACGUUUUAGUUGUUAAGUGGUCACAUUUUAGCAUUUUAGAAAGACUGCAGCGUAGGACUUUGAGAUCUUGAUCUGAGCAGAACACCUGGGUGUGUGAAUAUGUUCUGAAAUACAAUCACCGAAAAGGGGGUCUCCCAGUGACUUAGUAGAAAGCCCAGAGGCCAGCCCUAGGGGUGUUCAGUUUUGGGUGGAGACCCAAAUGCCAAAGUGAGUGGGGUUCCCGUCCCUCCCCUGCACUCCAGGGUCCCGCUCUGUGAGCUCAGGAGAGCUAACCUACGGUUCAACAUAGCUGGCCCCUCAGCCAGGGGACCUUCCAGCGCUUUGCAGCAAUGUGGGAAGCGGAAGGCCUCCACCCCCACCCCGGGUAGACUUACCAGCUUCCCCUUUACCCUGCUCGUCCUCGGCCAUGGUUUAGCCCAGCACCCGCCGGAGGAGAACCUCCAGGGCCUUCUGUCUCUCCGAGCUUCCCUGGAGUCUCGGGCAGUUCCAGCCUUGGCAUCUUCAGAGGGGGAGGGGAGGGGGCCAUGUCCUGGCCUCCAGAGGAAACCUCUGGAGUGUAGGCCAGCUCCACUGGCCCUCGGAGAUCCUGCCUUGCGCGUCUGCCAAGCCUGGCAGUUUUUAAAGUUUUUUGAAAUGUUUUGAUAAUUUUUGAUACCAUUUGCUAAUAACCGUUUUGUAGGUCGUUGCCGGGGUUUUCCACUUCCUGUUACCCCCUGCCCUGCCCCCAGCCCCUUGAGCUUGCACUAGACAGCAGGUGCCCUGGGGUCCGGGCCGGGGCCUCGCCCACCUCCAGUGGCUUUGUCUUGGAUCUUCCUCUCCUCUGUGGCUGUGAUCAGAUACAACCCUUGAAUUUUGUAAGGUCACGGGUCUCCCCAGCCAGGCCCCGCCCGGCCUAUGACCGUGACCACCUCAGGCCCCCAAGUGAGCAAGAGGGCACCGAUUUGCCAAGAAGGCACUCUCGUUCCCCUGAGGUCCUCUUUGUUUCUCCCAAGGCUCCUACCUCAGCAGUGUGCACAGAGGUGAAACCAUCCCUGAGGACUGACCCACAUGUCGCCUUUCUCAUACGGGUCAUUGCUCAACCCCGGGCUUGCCUGGGUCCCUACCGGCUCCUGCCCACCCCUCUUAAAGACAUUUUCAACACCAACUCUGUAACAGCAAACCACCCUGCACUUGACGGAACGACUCCCCUCAGCUUGGAGGCGAAUUCCGCUCUGUUUGAACAGGAAUAGAAUUUAUGGCUUCUGGGGCUGUGUUGGGGUCUCAAAAAAUUGUGUCUUUCCGUUGCCUCAGUGUACGAAUGUGGUGGAACGCGGCAGAGGGCAUCCUCCUUCAUGUCCGUUCUCUUUGAGAAAAGGAGCUCUGCUUCUCGUAGGGACUUGAUGCCACCUUCUUACGUUUGCUUGCGAAGGAAGGCUGACUCAGAUCCUUGGGGUUAACUGAAGUCAGUCAUUACCACCACCCCCCGCCGCCCCCUCCCUUUCGAAAUUAGUAAGAUAUUUGAUGAUUAAGCGAUUUGUUGGGUAUGUUCUGGCUACUAAUGUUACCAAAAUCUGUAAUUGUGUGUAUGUGUGUUUUAAUCUGUUGCUUUUGUAUUUGUAAUUUUAUGACACGCGAAGGUUUUCUGUGUCUUCUCUCUUUUUAAUUAAUUUUCUGCACGUUGGUUUUUUUUUUUUUCCUUUGUUUUUAAUUCCGUACAGAAUAUUCAGUUCUCAAAACACAUUAAAAUGAUUUGCCUGCUA